CACUUCCUGUCCAGACACUUUCACCCCCUUCCUGUCCAGCCCAAUUUUCAGCUUUCAGUGCUAUCACACUUUGAAUGGCAAUUGUGCAGUCAUGCAACACUGUACCCAUAUGAAUUUAUUAGCAUUUUUUUGAGACAGAUAAAACUUUAUUUUGGUGGUAUUUAUUCACCACUGGGGAAUUUUUUUUUUUGCUAUAUAAAUGAAAAGUCCAAAAUUUAUAAAAUUUUGCAAAUAAAUAAUCUUUCUUCAUAAAUCUUGGCCAAAAUUAAAAAAAAAAAAAAAUAACCCAUACAUACGUUUUUUUUUUAACGUACUCUCACCCUAG